CUAAGAAAAUACAAUACUCAACCCUUUACCGCCUUCUUUAUUGAAAGAGAAAAAUGGUGACUGUUGAUGAAGUUCGCAAGGCUCAACGUGCCGAAGGUCCAGCCACCGUGAUGGCUAUCGGCACGGCAACCCCUCCCAACUGUGUUGAUCAAAGCACCUAUCCUGACUAUUAUUUUCGUAUCACAAACAGUGAGCACAAGAUUGAGCUUAAAGAGAAAUUCAAGCGCAUGUGUGAAAAAUCCAUGAUCAAGAAGCGAUACAUGUACUUGACCGAGGAGAUUUUGAAAGAAAACCCAAAAGUUUGCGAAUACAUGGCACCUUCAUUGGAUGCCAGGCAAGAUAUGGUGGUGGUUGAGGUCCCAAAGCUAGGCAAAGAAGCAGCCACCAAGGCUAUUAAGGAAUGGGGUCAGCCCAAAUCCAAAAUCACCCACUUGGUGUUAUGCACCACCAGUGGUAUUGACAUGCCUGGUUCUGACUACCAACUCACCAAGCUCUUGGGUCUUCGUCCUUCUGUUAAGCGUUACAUGAUGUACCAACAAGGUUGCUUCGCCGGUGGCACGGUUCUUCGCCUUGCCAAAGAUUUAGCAGAGAACAACAAAGGUGCUCGUGUCCUUGUUGUCUGCUCAGAAAUUACUGCUGUUACUUUCCGUGGUCCUAGUGACACCCACCUUGACAGUCUUGUGGGUCAAGCCUUGUUUGGUGAUGGUGCAGCUGCUGUCAUCGUUGGUUCUGAUCCAGUUCCCGGAGUUGAGAAGCCAAUGUUUGAAAUAGUCUCUACGGCUCAAACAAUUUUGCCUGACAGUGAUGGGGCUAUUGAUGGACAUCUUCGUGAAGUUGGGCUUACAUUUCACCUUUUGAAAGAUGUUCCCGGGCUUAUUUCAAAGAACAUUGAGAAGAGUUUGGUUGAGGCAUUCAAACCUUUGGGUAUCUCAGAUUGGAACUCACUUUUCUGGAUUGCACACCCUGGUGGUCCGGCAAUUUUGGAUCAAGUUGAAAUCAAAUUGGGCCUUAAGGAAGAGAAGUUAGGUGCCACAAGACAUGUGCUUUCCGAGUACGGUAACAUGUCAAGCGCCUGUGUCUUGUUUAUUUUGGACGAAAUGAGAAGGAAAUCAACUGAAAGUGGAUUAAAGACCACAGGAGAAGGUCUUGAAUGGGGAGUUCUCUUCGGAUUCGGGCCCGGACUUACUGUUGAGACAGUCGUCCUCCACAGUGUUGCUACCGCUUAAAGAUUUUUAUUGUUGAUUUAAUUUUUCGUUAUCCUUGAGUUUUCUAUUUCCUCAUGUUAUUUGGAUUUAUAUAAUUUCCCUCAAGAGAUGUAUGGUUAUGUAUGCAAAUAAUAAUGAAACUGCAAUCUUAAAGAAUGAAUUACUUUUAA